CUCCGCCCCCCCCACACCCAUCCCGCGCUUCCGGAUGCCGAGUAGGUCCCGCAGCGGCGCCUCAAAGGGCGCGCGUGGCGGAGCCCGGAUGAAAGCGUCUGUCGAUACCCGGGCCCGAAAACCGGUGACCGUGACCCCGCCUGCCGACACCGACCAGCCUCCGUUUCCUGGACGGGCCCGCCAACCGGGGGAUGCCGGAGCAGGGUUCCGAGUGGCCGGAUAUCGUGAGGCCCACCAGAAGCCAGCCUCGCUUUCCCGAAAGAUUGGGCCAAAAAAGCAGCGACUGACAGAGCCAGAGCAGCAACAGAUCCCACCAGGCACAGGCUGGAUGCCUUCCCCUAAAGAGAGACCACCCUCAACCCUGGGUGUUCAGCGCAGCAUCUAUUUCUCCAGCCCAGAGGGCCACCCUACCCGAUUGGGGCCAGAGUUCUUUGACCAGCCAGCAGUCACCCUGGCCCGGGCAUUUCUGGGACAGGUCCUUGUCCGGCGACUUACUGAUGGAACAGAACUCCGUGGGCGCAUUGUGGAGACUGAGGCAUACUUGGGACCAGAAGAUGAAGCUGCUCACUCAAGGGGUGGCCGGCAGACUCCCCGAAACCGUGGCAUGUUCAUGAAACCUGGGACCCUGUAUGUGUACAUCAUCUAUGGCAUGUACUUCUGCUUGAAUGUCUCCAGCCAAGGGGAUGGGGCUUGUGUCCUGCUUCGAGCACUAGAGCCCAUGGAGGGUCUGGAGACCAUGCGACAGCUUCGCAGCACCCUCCGGAAAAGCAGUGUUGGCCGUGCCCUCAAGGACCGUGAGCUCUGUAAUGGUCCCUCAAAGCUGUGCCAGGCCCUAGCCAUUGACAAAAGCUUUGACCAGCGAGACCUGACUCAGGAUGAGGCUGUGUGGCUGGAGUGUGGCAGCCAUACAGGGCUGGGGCCCAGUGAGCUAGCUGUGGUGACAGCAGCCCGAGUGGGCAUUGGCUAUGCAGGGGAGUGGACCCAGAAGCCCCUGCGCUUCUAUAUCCAGGGUAGCCCGUGGGUUAGUGUAACAGAUAGAGUAGCUGAGCAAACAGCCUGCUCUGACAAGCUUUUUAAUUGUUUAAACACAGAAUAAAUAUCUUGUUUGUAGGGAAUUA